AUGUCGAGUUUUCGUCAAUUCGUUUGGGACCCGACACUUUUAAUUAGUCAAAUGAUAUGCCUACAAUCGAUUUUCUAUUUUGUGCAAACAAUUUUGUUGAUCAGUUUUGGAUUUGUCGGAUAUCAACCGUUUUUAUCCACUAUUUUUGCACUUCAGGUGAGGUUUUUUGGUCAAAAAUCUGAGAUUUCAGCUCAAAUUUUGCAAUUUUCCAGGCCCAACGACUAAUGGCAGUGAUUCAAUUAAUAUCCACAAUUGGCGUUUCUUUUGGAUUGGCGAAAAUUGUGCAAAGAGCAAAACAAUGUCUUGAUUUCGCAUGCACCGCCCAUGUUUUUCACUUGAUUUUGGUGAUUUUGUAUAAUCAGAGUUUUCCGACGCAGUUUACUUGGUGAGUUAUUUUCUGAAUCAAAAAUUUGAAUUUUUGCGACAAAAUUUUAAAAAGAUGGCCACGUGGAUAUUUGUUGGAAUUAAAUAAUGUCUGUUAAAAUGUUCUACAGAAAAUUAAAAACUUUUUGAAACAGUGAGAUUUUUUUGCUUAAAAAUUUAAUAAUUUUUAUAUGUUUGUCUGGAAAUUUGACAGGAAAAUCUGGAGAAAAAAUUUUCCACCUAGAUUUUUUGAUGGUAACAAACCAAUAUAAUCAUAUUCAAAAAGCUUUGAAAAAUAUUAAUAAAUUUUUGAAACAGUGAAAUUUUCGAAAAUAAAUUUUUUCACAGAAACUUCAAAAAUUAAUUUUGAUUUUUUCUAAAUACAAUUUUAAAAAACAGUGGAUUUUUUGUGCAAACAUUUUAGAAUUUUCAAUGCCAAACUCUCCGUGUAUUGUAAAAAUAAAUCCCCAAAAAUAUUCAAAAAUUCUCUGAAACAGUGAGAUUUUUUAAAACAAAAUUAAUUCUUGAAUUUUUUUGGAUCAAUCCAGAAUUUUCCCAUAUUUUUCUAGUUUUCAAAAAUCCCAAAUUUUCAAGCCAAUGAAAUCCUAUUCAAAAUUUGAAUUCCAAAAAUGAAAACACAUUUUUUCCAGGUGGAUCCUUCAAAUAAUCUCCGUCACAAUUUGCACAGUUUUGGGUGAAUAUUUGUGUAUGCGCUUCGAGACCCAAGAGAUCAAAUUAGAAGGCGGACCAUCGAGAUACGAUUUGUGA